AUGAACACGGGUGAUAUUUUUCUUCCUUGUAUGUCUUGUAAAAAUAAAUCAAUUGCAAGCGUUCGUCGUUCCAAUUUGGUAUUGCACACACCUUAUAUCUAUUGGCAGCGAAUCCAGUGGAUUACAUCUGUGCUGCAUGAGCAGUUGGAGGAUCGACUAAAGACCGCUUUUGAAACGUGCCAGCUGACAGCAAACAGUACAGAACGACCGAACGUGUCUAAACAGUGUGGGGCAAAACUUCGUCAAGCCUUGUCUACCUACUUAGUCAUUGAUCGGCUUCCAGAUGUGAUCGAUCUCUAUCGGUGCGCUGUGCUUCGACCAAAACUAGCUCCGGUAAGUACAGUCACAAACAUGCAAUGUUUUUGUGACCUGACAUGUAUGCGCGCGAUUGCUCGCUCACUCAAGUACAAGUACGCAUUCAAACUGGCUGCUUGUUAUUGUGUUAUACCAUACAUAUAUGGGUACAUGGGCAUACAUACUUCGCGCAGAUUUUGCUUUUUUGUAUCAUGUACUCACUCACUCACCGAUCCGUCAUCACUUGGCUGCACAUAUUUCUUAUCAGAUGUGACCAACUAUCUGGCAGGAGAAUAUCCGUGUGGUCGUCUGCUCCACAUUUUACAAGCCAUCCGUGAAAACUUAUUUUUCACUCAUGUGAUACGCACGUCUAUGUGA